AUGAAUAGAAAGCUGAGGUUGGGUAUUAUACUCUUCAUCUUGGCGUUAUUCUUGUUGGCAUGCUUUGCUGUUUGUUUGGUAAUAAUUAUUGUGCCUUCAGUGAUAUUUGGCAGACAAAAUAUCAAUAUCUAUCCAGAUCCAGUGUAUACAGCUUCGGAUGAUUAUUUACAUUUUCUAGUAGUUGGGGAUCAGGGAAGAGCCAAUGCUGACCAAGUGAGUGUGGCAAAGAGUAUGGGAGACUACUGUGACCGAGUGAAGAAGUGUUCAUUUGUUAUUGGAGUGGGGGAUAAUAUUUAUGAUUAUGGAGUUGGAAGUGCCACUGAUGAACAGUUUGCAACUAAAUUUGAAAAUAUCUAUUCUCAAUAUAAUGGAACAAAGAAUUUACCUUGGAAAUUAAUGCUGGGAAAUCAUGAUUAUAGAAAUAAUCCAAAUGCUCAAAUUCAAUACAAGAGCUCACUAUGGGAUUUGCCAGCAUAUUAUUACAUAUUUAACAAGACAUCAACUUUGGGAGGAUUUAAUGUAUCAUUCGUUGUGACUGAUACAAAUACAUUUCAACCAGAUUCACUCAUGAAUCAACAAUAUGUAAAGGAACAAUCAGCAUUUAAGCAAGAUCAAUUGAAUAUGAUUGAGAGCGUGUUGAAGGAAAAUUAUGGAAAGACAAAUACUUGGAGUAUAGUUUUAGGACAUCAUCCUGUUUAUUCAGCCGGAAUACACGGAGAUACUACCACUCUCAUUGAGAAUUAUUUGCCUCUCUUUAAAAAGUACAAGCUUCCACUCUAUCUUUCAGGACAUGACCACUUUUUGAAUUGGCUUAAGGAUCCAAAUGAAGUUACAAACUAUGUCAUCUCUGGAGGAGGAGCUGGGAAUACUAGACCAACAGUUUACAACAAGUAUUCGAGUAAUGUUUACAAUGACUCUGGAUUCUUUGCUGUGGAAAUUCAAAAAUCAUUCAUUUACAUGAUUGCAAUGGAUAAGAAUGGCAAGGAAUUGUACAAGAUUAAAAUUGACAAGCCAUAA